UGUGGUAUAUUUCAUUUCAUUAAUGUCCAUAUCACAGAAUAGGGUACCACACUUCUUCCAGUGAAACGCAAAUCGAAUAAGCGGCUUAGUCAUAUCACGAACCGGUUGCUCGACCACGAAUUAAAUGGAACAGAUUGUGCAUAGUUAUAUUUUGAUAUGACUGGAGAGUCGACUUCAACAUCUAUCAAGCCUCGUGAAAAGUGGCGAAGUAAAGUUGACUUCUUUUUUGGGUUAGCUGGUGGAUCAGUCGGACUUGGAAAUGUAUGGAGAUUUCCAUAUCUUUGUUACAAAAAUGGAGGAGGUGCAUUCCUCAUUCCGUAUUUAAUAUUUCUUCUGGUAUCUGCUCUUCCAAUUUUCUUCUUGGAGGUCACUCUUGGUCAAUUUACAAGCAGGGGUGUAGCAAGAGCUUGGGAAAUGGUACCAAUUAUGAAAGGUAUUGGAUAUGCGUCAACAGUUAUAAUCGUCAAUUUGAAUACUUACUACAUGACUGUUCUAGCGUGGGGUCUUAGAUAUAUGGUUGCCAGCUUUUCUGCAACUCUACCAUGGUCAACCUGCGACAAUGAAUGGAACACAGAAAACUGUUUUGAUUUUGAGAAUUGGAAUAAGACUUCGAAUUUGGGCAAUCUUUCCACCACCCAAAGCCCAUUGUACCCAACAGUAGAACCUGGCAACUGGAUAUCGACGACAGGAAAUACAAGUAGCGGAAAAAAUGAAAGUGUGCGCGUUUCUUCUGUCGUCGAGUUUUGGGAGAGGGGAGUACUUGGACUUUCAAGUGGAGUUCACGAAUUGGGAUCUGUUCAAUGGGAACUAUUGCUCUGCAUGUUGGUCGGAUGGAUUGUUGUUUAUUUCUGUAUUUGGAGAGGCAUCGCCUGGACAAGCAAAGUGGUGUACUUCACCGCAACUUUUCCGCUUUUAAUGCUGUUUAUCCUGUUUGUUCGGGGGAUAACACUGGACGGGGCAAUCGACGGAAUCGAAUUUUAUCUCAAACCAAACGCAACUAAACUGAAAGAACCACAGGUAUGGGCAGAUGCAGCAACUCAAGUCUUCUAUUCCUAUUCUUUGUGCAACGGAAUUCUGGUGGCGCUUGGAAGCUAUAACACUUAUCAUCAUAAUACUUACAGAGAUACGAUAUUGCUAGCCGUUCUCAACAGCGGAACCAGUUUCUUUUCAGGAUUUGCUGUUUUCUCUGUUCUUGGGUAUAUGGCAAAAGAACAGAAUGUUAAUAUUGACUCUGUUGCGGAAUCGGGUCCCGGAUUGGUGUUUAUUGCAUACCCGAGAGCAAUUUCUCUUUUGCCACUCCCGCAAUUGUGGGGAGUUUUAUUCUUCUUGAUGUUAUUUUUUCUGGGAUUGGACAGUCAGUUUGUAGGUCAAGAAAGCUUUAUGACGUCAUUAAUAGAUAUGCGACCCAGGUUCUUUCAGAAGCCAUGGAGAAGAGAAAUGGUUGUCGCAGUUGUUUGUGGUGUACAAUUCCUUAUUGGAAUACUAAUGGUAACGCAAGGCGGAGUUUAUAUUUUCAAUAUGUAUGACAAUUAUGCAGCCGCGGGAUGGUGUCUCUUCUUUAUCGGAAUAUGUGAAUGCGUAACAAUAUCAUGGCUUUUCGGAAUCAACAAAUAUUGGGAUCGAGUUAUCCAUAUGCUUGGGUUCAAACCUCGGAUUCCAUGGUUUAAAUGGUGCUGGGUGUUUGUGGCUCCAACUUCAACAUUGGCCGUUUUUCUUUAUAGCUUGAUCAAAUACACACCACUGUCGUACAACAAAAUCUACAUUUAUCCUUUAUGGGCGCAAUUCUUAGCUUGGUGUCUGGCUCUUUGUGCAAUAUUGUGGAUCCCGGGAUACGCAAUAUAUGCAAUAUGGAAUGCCAAAGGUAGUCUAUCAGAGCGUUGGAAAGCCGUAACAAAAAUGCCAGCGGCAAUUGAGAAACGACUCUACGGAAUGGAUCCCAAAGAUGAUAUAGACGAGAAGCCGUCCCAAGCGGGUGUACUUAUCGAUGACAAUAACAAAGAAGACGAAUGCGAAGUUCCAGAAUAUUCAUCCAUCAGACUUUAAAUAAUGAUUUAAAUGAAACAAAUUCAAAUCACCUCAUAUAUUCAUGAUGAAUCUGCCACAGUAAUCAUUACAGUUUACUGUGUAAAUUAAUGGUGAAUCACCAGCAUGACACUCAAAGAUACAAAGUAUAUAAUAAUAAAAACAAGAAUAAUUGACGUGCAGUUCAAUACCUAAUUUUCUUAUACACACUGAAUCAAUGAAUUUGCUAUGCUUUCCGAUAUGCAUGUGCAAACCAGCUACGAUACAAUUAAAAAUAAAGCAGUGAGCAUUUUGUAUUUGUGAUAGAAUAAUUAUUUUUGUAAGAUUUAACUUAUGAAUACCUCCCAUGCUGUUUACGACCUUAAUUGUUUACAAACAUAUGGAUAUGUGUAUAUCAGAUUGUAGUAAAAUGCCUUUGUAUAUUGGAAUAAUUGCUCUCUGAUCAAACAGGCUUUACAAUGUGAUAGCUAACUUCUAUUCAAAUCUUCACCUUUUAUUUGAAAAAUGAAGAAUAUUAAUCUAAUAACGUCUUCCUGAUUGAUACCUUCUCAACUUUCAGGUAUCUUUUCUGAAAAACACAUCUGACUAUCCAUGAUCAUAAUGUCGCGUUGUAUCGGAAAUAUUUUCAAAUUUCCUACGUCAAUACCCUUAUUGUUGAUCAAAUAAUUGUUUAUUAGUUUGAUAUUGAAAUUCUAGCAUGUUUUGUUACAGAAACUCGACUGUUUCAUCGAAGAUAACUGUUAAUUAGUAAUUGUAUCUGUGUAACUGAAGCCGUCGUUGAUUUCCAAUAAACUUAUUUUUCAAGA